AUGGUGACGGUGGUUGGCUGCUAUGAUGUUGACACAGUCGAGGUCGACUCAGUCACUACGGGUGAAGAAGGAUUCACAAGAUCUUGUUCCUGCCUCGAGGAAGUCGCCGUCAUGCCUUUCAAGCGUCUUUGCAACAAGAUUGUCGGAUUCUCUACCCACCUCAUGAAGCGGAUCCAGAAGGGCACAGUUCGUGGCAUUUCCCUGAAGCUGCAGGAGGAGGAGCGCGAGAGCCGCAUAGACUUUGUCCCCGAGGAGUCCGCCAUCAAGAUCGACGAGAUCUCCGUCGACAAGGAGACCCUCGACAUGCUCUCCGCUCUCGGUAUGGCUGACAUGCCUGGUGUCAAGCAGGUCGACCCGGAAGCUCAGACUCAAAUUUGCAUAAUAUUGCGAUAUUAG